AUGGCGAAGGGUGCCAACCCCACAACCCCCCGGCCGGGUGCCGGGGAAGUCCCAGUCACCUUCGAGCGUCAUCCCGACUUCUAUUUCGACGACGGGGACAUUGUCUUACAAGCCGAACUCCCGUCCAGCCCGGAACGAUGCACCUUCCAGCUGUACUGCGUCCACACCACAAUUCUGAGGUUUCACUCAGACUUUUUCUCCAACCUAUUCGCCGACGCAUAUCCCGGCCAGGAGCAGAGCUUCGAGGGCCUACCGCUCGUGCACAUGUCUGACAAGCCAGAGGAUAUCGUCAGCCUCCUCUCAUACGUAUACAACCCCUCCGAGUAUCUACUGCGGCCGUGCCACUCCGAUACUCCUCUUGAGCUUCACGGCGCGGUCAGACUCGCCAGCAAGUACGUCAUGGACGAGGUACGCUUGGCUAUAAUCAAGAGAGUCACGAUGAAUUGGCCGAUAAGCCUCGACGACUGGGACCUCCGCGAGGGCGUGAAUGCGGUUUUCAAUCGGCUUAUCCGUCAGCGCGGUCGACACAUCGCCGCCAAUGCUUGGGCGGAUCGCGCGCUGGAGCCCAUGGGUGCCAUCGUGUUUGCGCAGGAGCAUGGCUGCACGGAGAUAUUGCCCGCUGCCUUCUACAUGCUCGCGUCCAUCGACAUUGACAACGACUGGGACUCCACCGGGACCGGCGCACAGGAGUAUACGGAGCCGCCGCGGGGCGCGAGGUGGUCGCUGUGCAAUAGGGACAACCUCGUUCGCUGGGUCAAGGGACGGAAGGCGCUCGAAACGUACCACACUUCUAUCGAGAUUGCCCUGACCGAUGGCGAGAUGCUGAGGGAAGACUGUAUCCCGUGGUGGACACGCAACUUUCCCGACCCCUGGGACGAGCCUUCUGUCGACCGGGAUAUGUACCCAUGCCUGCACCUUCUUUGGACGCUCCGAGACGUCGUAUGGGGGAAGAAGCUCGCGAACUACGAUCUGUUGGGACAACUGUCAAAGCUGAACACGCACGACUUGGAUCCCCACACGGCGAACAAGAUCAAGAAAAUUUGCCCAGAGACAUUCUGUUUCGGCUGUCAACACAACUUCGAUAAUUGGCUCGACGAGAAGCGGCAUAAGUUAUGGACGUCUCUCUCCGGAUUCUUUGACCUCAAGAAGUAA